AUGAACAUAUCAAAAAACAAACAAGAUUCUUAUAAUAUUCUCCGCUUUGAUUUUCUUAUAAAAUCUUUUAAGGAAAUUCCAUCACUUCUGAGCGAAGAAAAAAACUCGUACAAAAAUAUUCAAUUGGUUUCCUACAGACUCAUCAGUGAAAAUAUUUCAACGAAAGAUCAUUUAAAAACAAAUCAAAAAGAUGAUGACCAAGAUGUCCUGAACGAGAGAAAACAUCAGCUUUUAAAAAAAAAUCAAGUAAAAGUUGUUUGGAGGAGUAAUUCCAAUAAAUCGCUCAAGGAAUAUUCUUUGCCGAAGUUAUUCAGUUUAUUACAAUUCGGUGCAUCAUCGGGCUGCACAAUGUUUGAAAAAACCAAUAUCGACAAUUGGCAUAGUUAUGGAAUGUUGUUCUUCAAGGCUAUUGAAAUUCGAGCAUUACAAUGUGUAAAAGUUUUGAUGAAGAACAACUACAUCAAAAACAAUAUAAUUCGGGCUGCAUUCGGUUAUAUUAUGCAGAAUUACGGCGAUCAAGAAAUAGAGGUAAUAAAAAGUAUGUACGAUCGUUUAAAAAAAAGUUCACGGAAAGCAGAGACUUUAAAUUAUUUGCAUAAGUUAUGUUAUGCAAGAGAAGACGUCACCGUGAUCAAAGUAGCAAAAAUGCUGCUUGAAAAUGAAAAUGUAAAUAGUACAGAUUUAUAUGAAAGAACACCCCUCAUGCUUGCUGUGCUGACAAAAAAAAAAGGAUUUGGUUGAAGUUUUGCUAAAAAAUAAAGCAGAUGUAACGCUUUUUGACGCCAAUUUUAAAAUGGCAAUCAAUUAUUGUAAAGAAAAUACAAAGGAGUACAGAUUAAUUAGCGAUGCUUUAAUUAUGGCUAAUGGACGACGAUUAGGCCUCGACGUCUCAACAUUAAAUCCACUAGAGCCAUUUACUUAUUUAUAAUAUAUUUCAUUGUAACUUAUGUAUUGAGCUAAAUACAUCAUAUUUUGUA